AAUGCUUUAUAUUCUGGUCAUGUGGGUUGUAAGUUAAGAAAGUUGGUGUGUGGACAGAUUGUGAGAGCCUGUUAGAGCAGACGGGCGUGUAGGGCUAGGGCGGCGGAAAGAUGAAAUACAACGACUGUAUCUUGUGGAUUACGUCUCUUCUCAUCUGCUUGUUGAUAAAAUCUACACACGAAGCGAGUGGAACGCGGAAGAGACGGUCACUAAAAUGGCAGAAGGAGUCAGCACGGACAGUCCUGGCGGAGAUGUUGUCAGACAUGAACAGUUUCAAAGAGCAGGAGUUGAUGCCGUUCAUGAUAGAGCGGGUUGCAGGAACAACCGCCAACAAGAAAGUGCAACAGCAUAUAAAGAAUCGCUUGAACCCAUUAGGAUGGACAAUAGAGGAAGACCGGUUUACAGAUACUACACCUUUGGGGGACAAAGAGUUUACUAAUAUCUUUGCUACAUAUAAUCCUCAUGCACCAGAGAGACUUGUUCUUGCCUGCCAUUUCGACUCCAAGUAUUUUGAGACGACAGAAUUUAUUGGUGCUACAGACUCGGCUGUUCCUUGUGCUAUUUUAUUGGACUUGGCAAAACAAUUUUCCUGUUUACUUGAAAAGGAGCCAACCAAAGCCUCAGCUAAAAAUUUAACCGUCCAGUUGAUAUUUUUUGAUGGCGAGGAAGCGUUUGUGAGCUGGACGGACACAGACUCCAUCUACGGAUCCCGCCACCUCGCUGAAGUGUGGGCGAACAAGUCAGACCCUGUCACACCCUCGCGCAAAUAUAUUGAUACCAUCACAGACUUCGUCCUGUUAGACCUGAUUGGAACCACAGAUACCAAGUUUGCAAAUAUUGUUCCUGAAACUUCCGAUCUGUAUACACAGCUUAAUAAAAUAGAGAAAGCUCUUGAGAAGCAGAAACUGCUUCGGAGACAGGAGCAGAUAUCAGGGGGAUACCAACACAAGCUGUUCCCCAGCAUGCCCGCCUUCACUGCCGGCGUGCAAGACGACCAUGUGCCUUUCCAGACAAGAGGUGUCUCAGUUCUUCAUCUAAUCUCGUAUCCGUUCCCCACUGUCUGGCACAAGACGACUGACAAUCUUGCAUCAAUGGACUUCACGCUAAUCGACGAUUUUAGUCGCAUAUUCCGCAACUUCGUGGCCAGCUAUCUGCAGUACAGUGGACUUCAAGCCACGGGAUGUAAAAAGGACCCAGACAAUAGCAAUGCUUGGUCAGAUGCUGAUGCUGAUACCCAGACCAAUGGCGAGAUGAGCUGUGAGUCGGGGGCGACGUCGGGAGGCGAUGCAUCCGUGAGUGACGGGGUCCUCAAACUGUGGAUGGUUUUGCCUGUACUAUCGUGGGAAAGAUGGUCUCACUUUACAUAACCAUAAUUUGUCUCAAUCUGGACCAAAUUUCUUUGGGAUGUUGUGUGCAUGAUUGUAUGGAGUCCUCGUUAAGCCACGCUGUGGGCGGACGAGGCAAGGCAUGGGUGUUGAUGGGUACCGGUACAUCCCCUUGUACCCAUGGUAAUAGCAUAUAUGUGAUACUGUUUAUUAGGGACUGGACCAACACAAACUGAUCUUAGCACGGUUGUGACUCCCGUACUUUCACAUUGACUUGUGACUGUCUUAGUGCUAAGAUCCAGUGCAGCAUGUGCAGUGGGCCCGUCGCCAACACAAAGUGAUCUUAGUACUAAGACGGUUGUAAUCCCCGCACUUUCAAAUUGACUUGUGACUGUCCUAGUGCUAAGAUCCAGUGGAAUGUGGUUUGAGGUUCCAUUCCUCAACGUGAUUGUAGGACUACGACAGUCAUGGUCUGUAGAGUAGGGGAGUUAUGAUUGUCUUAGCGCUAAGAUCACUGUUUGGGUCCCAGGACUGUUGAUUCUCUUAUUUAGUCUUAUUUCAGGGUUGUUUAUGUGAAAAGCUCUUAUUAGAUACACUGUGUGAUAGAAUAGAGCAAUUUUAGUAUCACAGCUAACUCAUGUAUGGACCAAUUUUUUCAGUCCAUUUUUAAGACUUUUAACAUAAAAGAAUAGGGUCAUUAUGAAACCUUCGUCAUGCCUACAUUACUCCUGGUUGGCAGCAGAUGAAUAACUGAAAAUGUCCGAAGGGCUCUCCCCUAAAUACUGUUUAUAACACUGGUAACAAAAACAUGCUUUCUGGCAUCCAUUCUUAUCAGAAGUACUGAGAUCCCGAUUAUUUCUGUUAACUUUUAAGGAAAGGGAUUAAUUUUGGAAAGUAACCCCUCAAUUCUCAAGUAUCCAAUAGCACCCCCUACAGCCUCUGGCUUUGUUGAGCGACAAGGGUGGGCAGUCGUUUAAGGUGCCGCGAUUUGCUGUGAAGAGUUGCGUCCCUUGGGCACGCCAGAAACCUAUGAUUGUGGGUUCGAAUCCCAGUUCGCCCCGAUUAUGUUUCUAGGUUUGUCAGCACCAUACCCGUGCUCGUGAAUUUCACCGAAGUGGUAAAUGUCAAAGACCUGCAUCACUUCAGGCUUUCCUCCCACAUUAAGCUGACACGCCGUGAUAUGACUGGAAUACUGUUAAAAGCGGCGUUAAACCCAACUCACUCACUCACUCUGGCUUUGCUGAACACUAAUGUGGUUACGAUGCCUGUUAUGAUGGCCCUUGCGUCGGCUGCUGAUGGUGGCAUGCGUCAGUGAGAUGCAACACUAUGAUGAUACUGGUGGUGGUGCUACAGGACCUUCUUGGGAACAUGAUGUUUCUGAUAACACUUCGUCACACGACUUUGUUGUUUCUUACUAAGGUGGUUUGAAGCAUGAUCUAUUUCUUUGUAUCAUUUCUUGUGAUAUAUAUCCAGCAUCGGUGUGUCCGGUUUCUUUGUACAGUGUAAAUAUGCUCGGCGAUGACAUGACACACCUUACUAGUUUUAGAUUGCUGUAGGUAAUGAACUUCGAUAAAUACCGUAUUCAACGUAAUAAGCGCCCAGGGCCCUCUCAAAAUUAGAAAUAAGGGGCUCUUAUUAGAAUAUUAUUUUGAUGAGUUGAAAGAUAAAUUUCGUGGUUUAUGCUGACAGCCUGAAA